AUGGAGGGUAAGAAGACUGCCGGACGUCAAAAAAUUCCCAUGGAAAAAAUAGAAAACAAAGUUGCUCGAUACAGCUCAUUUUCAAAACGUCGAUUGAAUUUAUACAAAUUGGCCGAAUUAAGUGACACUACAAAACUUGUUGUGACAAAUGUUCGAAACAAUGUGAAUGAAACCGAAUAUAAACUAGCAGAGUUUAAAAUUAGAGAAGAUGUUGCAAGCAAGGAAACAAUUGCACUUGACCAAGCCAAAGAGAUGAGAGAAAUUGGUUGGUGGGAGGAUAUUGAAAAACUCAAAAUUGAUGAGUUAACUCAGUUUGAAGCUUGGCUAAAUGUUGCUGAUUAUAAUAUGAAAGAUCGUUUGCAACAAUUGGAAAAUGAAGUUGCAUCUAAUGCUUCAUAA